CUUCUUUCGAAUGGCAUCCCUUACUCCCGAAGAGAAGUACACUCUUAUUACUCGUAACCUUCAGGAGGUUCUCGGUGGUGAUGAAAUUAAGAAGAUUCUCGCCGAGCGUGACUUGAAGAUGUACUGGGGAACUGCACCCACUGGCAAACCUCAUGUUGGUUACUUUGUUGCCAUGUCCAAGAUUGCAGACUUCUUGGCUGCUGGUGUCGAGGUAAAGAUUCUUUUGGCCGAUUUGCAUGCCUUUUUGGACAACAUGAAAGCUCCAUUGGAACUCGUUGGUCACCGUGUAAAGUACUACGAGGCUCUCAUCAAGGCUGUCUUGACUUCUCUCGGUGUCCCAAUUGAAAAAUUGACAUUUAUUGUUGGAUCGAGCUUUGAGUUGUCCCGUGAAUAUUCUAUGGAUAACUUGCGUCUUGCAGCUUGUGUGACUGAGCACGAUGCCAAGAAGGCUGGUGCUGAGGUUGUUAAGCAGGUUGACUCUGCCUUGUUGUCUGGUUUGUUGUAUCCCGGUAUGCAGGCUUUGGAUGAGGAGUACCUUGGUGUGGACUGUCAGUUUGGUGGUGUUGAUCAGCGCAAGAUUUUUGUCUAUGCCGAGAAGUACUUGCCUCAGUUGGGUUACAAGAAGCGUUCUCACUUAAUGAACGCCAUGGUACCUGGUUUGGCUGGCUCCAAGAUGUCUUCCUCUGAUCCCGACUCCAAGAUUGAUUUCCUUGACAGCGCCAAGGAUGUCCAAAAGAAGAUUAAAAAGGCAUUCUGUGAAGAGGGUAACAUUGCCGAAAACGGUAUUCUUUCUUUUGUCAAGUCAGUCUAUUUCCCUCUUAAGACCCUCCACGGUAACAAGCCUGUCUUUACCGCCAUUCGUCCCGAGCAGUACGGUGGAAACAUGGUAUUCAAUAACUAUGAGUCUUUGGAAAAGGCCUUCGCCGACAAGACUGUCCAUCCCGGAGAUCUUAAGGCUGGUGUUAUUGCUGCCAUUAACGAAUUGUUGGAGCCUAUCCGCAAGGCCUUUGAAGACCCUGCCCUUAUUGAACUCACCAAGCUUGCUUAUCCUCCUAUUGAGACACAGUUGAAGCAGAAGCCCAAGAAGGAUAAGAAGGCUGAGAAGAAGGAGAAGAAGUUGAAGGAAGCAGCUGCCGCAGCUGCUGCAGGUGAGGCUACUCCUUCCGCUUCUGCUACUUUUGCAGCCGUUCCUGUUGUCGUCGCCAAGCAGGAAGAGAUUAAGAAUGAAGAGGUUAAGAAAGCAUAAAUUAUAUUUUUAAAAAAAAAAGAAAAAAGAAAGAGUAUAGUCAAGGGAUGCCUACAUUCAUCAAAUAAAAACCAUAAAAAAUGGUAAACACGUCUAAAUUUUGAACGGAUUUCAUCUCACC